CGCAAUAAACGGUGUUGGGACCCGCCUCCGAUCGCGCCGCUUCCGCCGCGCCGGGCACGGGCUGCGAGGUGGCGGGGACGGGAUUCGAGCUGCCGGGCAUGGGCUCCGAGCUGCCGGGCAUGGGCUCGGACGUGGCGCGGCUGCUGGAGGCCGCGGACUUCGCGGCCAGGAAGCACAAGGAGCAGCGGCGGAAGGACCCCGAAGGCACCCCCUUCAUCAACCACCCCAUUGGCGUCGCCAGGAUCCUGGCACACGAGGCUGGUGUGACGGACAUUGUGGUGCUGCAGGCCGCCCUCCUGCAUGACACGGUGGAGGACACAGACACCACGCUGUCUGAGAUCGAGGAGCUGUUCGGGGUGGAUGUGAGGCGCGUGGUGGAGGAGGUGACAGACGACAAGAUGCUGCCCAAGAUGGAGCGCAAGCGGUUGCAAGUGGAGCGGGCGCCCGGCUGCAGCCCCCGUGCCAAGCUGGUCCAGCUGGCAGACAAGCUGUACAACCUGCGGGACCUGAACCGCUGCACCCCCCAAGGGUGGUCGGCGGAGCGCGUGCAGGAGUACUUCCGGUGGGCGGCGCUCGUGGUGUCCGGGCUGCGGGGGACCAGCGCGCCCCUGGAGGGGGCGCUGCAGCGCCUGUUCGAGGAGCGCGGCGUGGCCACGCGACUGCGGGGCGGCCAAUAAACGUGCGUGCAGCUCAGCG